AUGGAAGGGCCCGCUAGGCCCAGAUCUAGGCCCGCUGGCCCAGAUCGGCCGCCACCACCAGGUGACACGGGAGCGUCGGCUGACGAGGCGUUGCACACCACCGCCGUGACCGCCCGCCUCGCCGCCAGCCACGGCGGGAUCCGCGCCGGCCUGGGCCGGAGCCGGCGCCCUCCAACACCGCCUGGUCGAGCCCGCCCCGUCGGGCCUCCCAAGCGCACGGGAGAGAAGGAAACCGCUGCCGCCAGCACCGCCCGAGCUUUGCUCGGCGGCUCCCGCCAGCGGCGGCGGCGGGGGAAGGAGGGAGGAGGGGGCGGAGAGGAUCGGGUUGCGUCGCCCAUCGCCGCCAUCGACCCUCGCGCGCCUCUGCCCGACCUCGGCGCGCCGGCCGGCCUCUACUCCGACACGGUGGCCACGCGCACCAUGGCGGCCCGUUAG